UUGGUCUAUGAUUAUGAUCAUAACCUAGCAAUUAUCUGCUGCAUUGCAAAUGACAGUUUAAGUUAAGAUUAUUUGCGGCUUUUUAUACACGAUGAAUUGUAGGACGUUCUUGCAAAUUAGGAGCCUCAGUUGCUGGUCAGCUGCUAUUACGAGGCCCCAUCGGUUAACAUACACAAGGACUUAUCCCACUGUUUUGGUACAGCCCGAUGGUUCCACCUUCACUAUUCGCCACUCAGAACCCAGGAAGAUUAUUAAGCUUCCACUCAAUAUAUGGACGCUGAGUGAAGCAGAGCGAAAAGCAAGAGUGGAGAAAAGGAAACCAAAGAAAAAAGUCGUCAUUGAAGAUGAUAUCGAAGACUCGUUCGACGCAAGUAGCUACGUAAAGUAUUUGAAAAAGUAAAACUGCAAUGCAAAGGUAGUAUGACUUUGCUAGAUAUUUGGAUUAGAGUUAAUAUACAAGUUUUUGUUAGUAAAA